UGGUAUAUCAGUGCUGGGAUUCCUCAAAGUGACUUCACUGGGCUUAAAGUGAGAAAACUCUUGAUCAAACCCAUACCGUUAGCCCAAAAUUUGCCAAGCCUUUUAAUACUUUAUAGAAUUAUUUCAUUCAUUUUAUCUGUUAAGUAUGGCAGAUCAAGAACCAGAGGCCCCAUCAACUGACUUCAAUGAAAUUUUACAAACAGAAAUUAAUGAUGAAAAUGAAGAAGACCUCAAUAAACAAGAGCAGGCAGAAGAUUUUGAUGUUUAUGUGGAGAAUGGAGAAGGAACUUUACAAGAUAGUCUAAGGGAAGAAAUGGGUACAAAAGAAGAACAUGUUCUGGAGCUAAAUGAAGAAGAAGAAAAGAGUUAUGGAGAAGAGAAAAUUCAAAAUAAUGGAGAUAAAGAAGAUGAGGGAGAAAGACCACAAGAAAAUAAUUAUGAAGACGAAGUGCAAGAGGAGGAUAUCUUAGUGGAUAAUCAAGAUAAAGAGCAGACUGGAAAAGAAGAAGUUAAGGAAAGGCAAAGUUUACAUGAUUCAGAAGGACACGAACUUGUUGAUGAAGAAAAGAUGGAUGUUAACUAUAACAAAGAUGAUACAAGAGAAGAGGUAACGCCAAUUUACAUUUUAUGAUAGUUUAGUUUUUUUCUAUAUUUUAUAAAUAAAUGUCAUUUUUAAAAGACAAAUACAGUAUACAUUAUGCAUCAAUUUUUAAAAUUAUUUGGUACAAUAUGUGUUUCAAAUAACCAAACACAGAAAGGUUGAAUUAAUGAAUUUAAUUAGUGCAUAUAUUUCUGGCUCUUUUAUACACUUAUGAGCUUUAUUUUACACUGAAAACAGCACUGAUUCAUGAUUAAAAAAACAAUGAGGACUGGAGUUUUUGUUUUGUCUAAGAUGUUUUUUCUAAAAAUAAAUUAAUGAAGUCAGCUUAUCAAUGCAAGCAUAAAUUCUGCAUCAUAUAUUAAAUAACGAAUUUGCAGAGUACAUUAUUAGUGUAUGGUCACCCAGUGUCUGGUCAUUACAUGUAUGCUAAGUUACAUAUUUCACUCAGAUUGUGCAUCAAGGGGUGAAAAAAAUUGUUUACUUUUUUUUUUACAAAAAACUGCUCCAUGCCAAAUGCAUUCCAUGCUAUAAUAAUAAUUAUUAUUAUUAUACGUGGUUUUAAAUAGUGUGGUACCCCAGCCUAGGGCAGGGCUCACCACGCUGUACAUACAAUUUAACAAACAUAAUAAAAAUCUGAAAUAAUUAGUUGACAUACAUUAAUUAAAUGAAACAAAACAAAUGUAUAUAUAUAAUUAUAAUUAUUAUAAAAGACAAGGUCAGUUCAGAUAACCAAUGAUAAUAAGCAUUUGAAAAUUGACUCUCGACUGUAGUAAUAAUGUUUCAGAUAAUAAGCAUAGGACAAAUUGGCUCUCUACUGUAAUAAUCAUAAUCAUUCUCUUGCUAGAAAAUAGAGGCCUAUUCAAAUAAUUUUCAAAGCAAUCUACUAACAGAUUUAAUACCUCUUUUAAAUGAAGAAAAUCAACAUAUUUUUUGUGUAUCUUAACUUUACAAACAUUAGAAAUUAAACCUUUAAAUUUUAAAUACAAAUCCCUUUUGCAGAACUCCUUGAUACAAAAGUAUUAUUUUUUAUCAUCAAUAACUUAUUUAUGUAGAUGAUGAAGUAUUAUCAUUUCAAUUUACUUAUUUAGGAUGCCAAGAGUCCUACAUCUCAAAAAUCAGAUGAAAGAAGAAUUGAGGCAGAAAUAGGUAAGCCCCGUUGUUACUGGAAAAUCAAAAUUUAAAUAACUGUAUAUAUUUAAUGCAUUGAUAAAUUAUAAAUAUGUUACGAAACAAGUGCGUUAAACAUUGUUUUAAAUAAUCAUAAUUGCCCAUACAGAACAAGAACAGAAUAUGUCAGAUAAUGCAGUGGGCACAGAGGUGAGAGCAAGCCAGCCAGAUGCACAAAAGGUUGAACCAAUGGAAGCUACAUAUCAUGUAAAUCUGGAUGCUACAGUUACAGGUAUCUUACAGAUUUAUCUAAUCUUAAGUUAAAGAAAUAUACGUUCAAAUAUACUUUGCUAUAUUCAAAUUUAUUAUUUCUUUUUAAAAUAGAUUAAUACCUUUAUUAUGUAUUCUUAAAUAAUUAAAAUUUGAUUUUAGUGAAAUUUGUGAUGAUGCCUAGUGGCCAAGUUGUCACCCUAGCCUGUACAUUAGGACAGACAUUGGAGGCUUUAAAAACCCAUUUUGCAUAUGAGUUGAAGAUGCCAUCAUCUCUAAUCAUGCUUAUUUUUGAUGGUAAGAGUUGUUUUUUUAAAUAUUACCAAUUUAAUGACAAAACUUUUCAUAUUAUAUAUUUUAGUAAAAUGGUUAAGUGAGAUAAUAGUAGUAAUUUAACCAUUUAAAUUAGACUAAGGUGUAUCUUUAUACAGAGAUUAGCCUAAAUUUAAAAUCAACAAAAAAUAACACACUAUUUUAAAAAUAUUAACAGCUUGUGGCUCUACUUAACAAAAAAAAGGGUUUAUGGUGUGAGCUGCUACAAAAACACACAUAUUCAAAUACUUAAAGAUGAUUUAAGGAAUAUAAAAUGUUGAUAAUGACCAAUGUUUCAAUAAAAUGUUUAUGAUGUCCGCUAAUAGGGAAAUCUAUGGCUAAUACAACAACACUAGCUGACCUUGGGGUGGGACCCAAUGGGACAGUACAGCUGGAGAUACAGUCAGCUGACCCAGUGAAUACACCACUCAAACCUUACAGGCCUCGUCAAGAGUACCACAUGCCUGAUGUUAUAACAGUCAGAGUCAUGACUGGUCAGUUUAGCGGUUAUCUUAACUCUUUUGGGAAUAAAGUACUUUAAAAUAAAAUCCCCUUGUCUUUUAUAAAUUUUUUACUACCUGAAUAUUGAGUAUUAUAUAAAUAGAUGUUUUGAAUUCAGUUGAGAAAAUAAUGUAAACAAAAGAAUAUGUUAAAUUUUCCACAGAAACUUCUUUAAAAUUGUUGCUUUUCACUACAUAAAAUGGCUUUUAAAUUAGGUUCAAUCAAACACAUGAUUUUAAAAAAUCCAUCAAAUAAACCACUAGUGUUCUACAGUCUACGGUAUCAAAUCAACCACUAGUGUUCUAUGGUAUCAAAUCAACCACUAGUGUUCUGUUGUAUAGCUAAAUAGUCCAUCAAAUCAACAUCUAAUGUUUUAUGGUAUAGCUAAAUUUUAUUAGAUAACUGGUCUCAAAUAAAAAAAACUUUGUCCAAAUGUAUGCAAUCAGAUAUAAUUGAAAAUCACUUUCUUGAACCUCAAUACAAUUAUGAACAUAAUCUUUGCCAUGUCUUGUUUGUAAAAUGAGAAAUUUUUUCAUUUUGAGCAGAAGAUUGUGCAACAAAAGAUGUUGUGGUAGAAAUUGAAAGGUCAAGGACCAAAAAGCCGUUUUUAGGAGGCUUUAGAAACAAGAACACAGGUGUAGAGUUCCAUAAUGCCUCAGCCCAGACGAUGCAGAAACAGAGACCACCUCCCACUCAGGAAAGGUUUUGUAGAGAUACUCAGACCUGUGAACAAAAGAACAUGGUAAAAUAAUAUUGUUAUUGCCAAGUUAAAUUAUGAUUGUAAAUCUAAUAUAUAGGAUGUUGUGUUUUAUGUUUAACAACCAAAUGAAGAAAAUUGCUCUUAAAAAAUCCUAAAACAAAUGGAGAUUAUCUUGUCAUAAAGCAGCGUUAACAUUUUUCAAAUUGAUAAUCCUUAAUAUUCCAGUUUUUCAUAAUAUAUAAUAAUUUAACAAUGUUAAGUUUGCAAACUUGACCUAAACUUUUAUGUAAUUAAAUUUUUAUUGCAUUUUAAAGAUUACAACCAAUUUGUUGUAAAUUUCAGUAACAGUUAUAGCAACCUUGCUCUCUUAUUUCAUUUAUUCAUAUUUUCAACUCUGCAAACUGAAUAGCUUCAACAAACCUGCAAUACUACCAGCACUCAGAUGACUGGAGUAGGGUUCUAUGUUUCAAAUGCAGAAGACAAGCUGUUAGAACCAGGACAAUAUCAAACUGCAGAUGAACGUGCAGCGAUUGUUCUUAGUAAAGUAAGUUCUUGAAAACCUUUAUGAGAAUAGCCAAUUUUUUUUAAAUCGAGGGAACUGUUGAAAGGAAGUAGUCCAGUCAAUUCAGCAAUUAAAUUAUGGAUUAUUUGUUUACUGAAUUAAACGCUAUUCAAAAUUAAUUUGACAAGUUUUCAAAAAUAAUUCCGAUUUAUAAAAAUAUUCAGGUUAUUAUCUUACAAAAGAACUUCCGUCGAUGGCUAGCCAAACGUUAUGUUAAGAAAUUAAAGGAGGACAAGGAAAAAAGAUUGCUUUGGGAACGUCGGGAAGAGUUACGUAAAAAGAAAGAAAAAGAAGAGCGCAUCAAGAGGGAAUACGCCAGGAGGAUAAAUCCACAAUCAAAGUCUGACUUUGAUAUGCUGCUUCAUUGUCUAGAGAGUAAGUUUAAAGUGUAAGUCUUCAGUGAUACAAUAAAAAUAUAAACUUAUCUGUUCAACACAGAUGGAACUAAAUAAUUGUUAGCCUAUAAGAUACUUUUGAAAUUUAUAUCUAGCAUGCUUAUCUUGUCAACACAGGGUAAACAUUUCUUAUUUUUGGAAUUCUGAAAUGAUACUCCUUGACCUAAAAUAAUUAAUUAUUUCAUAAACUGUCAAGCUAAGAUUUUCUCAAACUUUUAUUAAAAAGAAGAUAUUCAUUUAGUUAGUUUACUAGAUUCAUAUUUCAAGUUACAAUCAUUUUUUUUUAUUUUAUCUGUUUCUUCUAGAGUGGCGAGUAGAAGAAAUGGAAAGAAUCAACUCAACUCUGACAGGAGCAGAGCGGAAGGCAGCCAUUUGUAUGCUUUUGGAUCAAGAGACAGAACUCUUGUCAGCAAUUGAGCGCCACAAAAAUGAGGCCAACCUUGAAAACAGAGACAAGCGCAUUAUGGCAUUUCUAGAAAAGGUAAUGAAUACUUUGAUACUAAUUUUGUAUUCAUUAAUAGCAUUACAAGUUUACAGUUAUAACUUGGUAAGGGGCUUGGAUUCUCAAGGUGACCCAAAUACAAGAAAACAGGCAAACUUACAUGAUUUCUCUCUGGUCUAAAAAAAAUCAUGAAUAAUUUAUUUAACAAGCCACAAUUAUAUAUUUCACUAUUGCACUUAAACAUUUAACAGCUGUCUGGAAUCUAUAAAGGAUCAGAAAGAACAAAGAAAGAUAAAUGGUUUGAUGUCCCAACUAAAAUCAUUUAGAGUCUGUUAUCAUGUGUAUAUUUUGUUUACAGGCGGCUGCACCAAAAAAGUGGGCUGGUCAUGAUGGUAAACUGACCUUCAUGGAUACACCCUACACUGUGAGAGCAAAGGAGCUGAGAGACAUCUACAACAGCAUCAAUAUGAAAUAUCUGACUCAAGAUGAACGAUUGGAUGUUUUAUUGACACUAAAACACACAGUCAAGGUUAACAACACAGAAUGUUAAUCUUUAAAUGCAGUUUAUUUAGAAAGCUGUGGAUACAAAUAGAGCACUUUCAUAUCCAAAAUUGAGAUCUUCAACACAUAAGUUUUUUGUAUUUAUAUUAUAAUUCUUUGUUGUUUCUUAUUUUGUCUUGUCUGCUGAAGAAGGCAUCUAGCCAUAAUAUUAAUUAUCCCUGUCUUUUUCAUUUCAAGGCUAAACAUGUCUUGUUCUACUAUUUCCUUCACAUGUCUUAAACACUGUCCCUUAUAUUAUUCCUUUAUUCUGUUGAAAAAACUGGCAAGUGAUAUCAGCAAGCCUCAAGAUUAUUAGAUACAGACAAAAUUAGUAGUUUUGAAAUAGGUGCAGGAAACAUAUUUGGUUAAACAUUUUGUCUUCUUUAAAAAGUAAAUUAAGUAUGACUGUAUAAUGAUUUUGGUAAGAUUAGUAAGUAUGUCAUAAUUACUGUUUGGGUCUGUCACAUAACUGGUUAACUACCAUGAGCCGGUGGGAGCGGCUGGGCGUUUCUUUUGUUAGGCCCGGAGCCGCUGGUAGUAAACUUGACCUAGAUUUAAUUCGGCCACAGCGGUUUUUCAAUCUGGUAGCUAAUCAGAUAAUAUAAUUUAACAAUCUUUUUUUUUUUUUAAACAUUCUGUUAUUUAUUAAAUGUCAUUCAGUCAGUUAAAUAAGAAAGUAGCUGAUAUAGAGACAAAAAAAAGUAAAAUAUUUGAACUGUAUACUAGGAACAUGACUGCAAACUGACCCAGGAGAUCACAGAACUCAUUGAUCGUGAGGCAGAUCUAUUGAUGAGAGGCGUCAAAGAAGUCAAUCUAAACGGACUACGAAAGAGGAUUUCUACCCUUUUCUUACAAUAUAUCAAGACACCUACCUUCAAUCCUGAGGCUGCAAGGUUUCUUAAGGUUUGUUUUGCACACUUUUAGGAAUUCUAUUUUAGUUGUCAUGAAUUUCCUUAAUAUUGAUAAGAGUGUAUAUGGUAUCAUUUUGACAUUCUUUUUCAAAGACAAUGCUAUCAAUUUGAUGACAAAACUGAUGGUGACAUAAAUAUUUUUGUCAAAAAUGUGGAACUUUAGAUUCUUUUCCUUGAAAUUUCUAAAAAUCUGAAUACAAGAAAUUAAUCUCAUAGGAGAGGUAUACUUAGUUGUAAUUAAAUUACAAUUUAAUUAUAAAGUAUUUUGUGAUUUUUAAAAAUGGUGAUCAUUUCAGAUUCCCCAAGACCCAAGCACCUUACGAAAGAAUAUUAACUACUGUCAAAGUUGUGGUUCAUAUCUUCCCUCUACUGAGUUUUUUGUCACUUCAAAUAAAAGCAACGUUGGUCGCUGCAGAAGAUGUGAAAAGAUUGAAAAUGAUGGCAGGCAAAGAGAAGACCACAAUUAUUACCGUGUCAUGCUUAAAGCCUUGCGCAAGUCAGAGGAGGCAAUCCAAGAUGGUAGCAGCAUAUGUUACCUACUGCAGGUGAGCGGGGAUAGAAGUAUGGGGAUAUACUUUAUGCGGAGGCAGUAAAAAUUCUGUAACAGACACUGAUGAUUAUUUUUGUAAUUAGUUUGAGCUUAAAAACAAUUUAAGAGCAAUUCUAAAUAUGAAGCUAACAGCAAAUGAAUAACUUUUUUUAAAGUGAAAAUCUAGAGAGGGAAAAAUGUAUAGUUAAACAAGGAAAAGCCAUAAAAUAUAUAUUAUCAUGCUUUUUGAUAAGAGUUUUAAUUAAUGUGAUAAACCUGGGCAGUUCUUAUUUUGUAUUCUCUUUUUUUAUUCCAAACUUCUGUGUAUAUUUGAAAAAUGUUUUUUUUUAUAAAAAUUGAUUGAAAAUAUUGUGCAUGGUAAUCUCGAUGUCAAUAAUAAGAUUAAUUAAUCAAAUUUUUGUAUUUUUGCCUUGUAUUCAAUAUUCUGCAAUUUUUACUUUUACACAAAUUGAGUUAAACACUUGAAACUUUAAUUUAUAUUUUUAAAAUAAAUUUUAUACAAUGUGGGCCCUAUAUAUAAAUUUUAUGAAGUGAUAUAAUUUAUUAUACAAUUUUAAAUGAAUAAUUAGAGUACAAUUGUUUAUUUUCUGACUAGGAACUUGAUCUCCGCUACCUAGUUGAGAAUAUUUGGAGCAAUCAAAGUGUUUUGAGUGCAUGGAAUGAUAUAUACGACCUUGUACUGGCCAGAUGGGACAAACACCAGGAGUGGUCUCCCUGGAACUGUAUUUUGCUAACGCAUGAUGAGGCUGAAGCUCACAAGAAGCUAUUUAGCUUGGAAGAGGUAGGACUAGGAUUGGGUUCUUUUUUUUAUGCAUUAAAAGUAUUGAGCAAGUACUCAUAAUAGAAAGCAUUAAAUAAGCUAAUGGCAAAUAAAUUUGUACGAGUUAAAAAUAAAUCAAAAGCAAUAUAGAUUUUUUGAAAUUUUCAGCGCGUGUCAUAAUUCUAUGAAGUAUAAUAAUACGGCAUUUGUAACAAAUGAUCAAUCUGAUUUCUAAAACUCAAAAAUGCCAAUAAAUCAAAUUGAAAUGUACCUUUGUUUUCUAAGCUACAUUAGUUUAGAGGCAAUCCAUGAAUUACAAGUUAGAAUCCCCCUCUAAUGUCACAAACCUCUGCACUCACCCACCCCCGUCACUUAUUUUAAAAAAUCCCUCCAUCCAUUACUUUCCUUGACAAAAUUCACCUCCCAUGUAUAUCGAAUUACUGCACCAGUAUCAGAGUCAUUUCUAUGGAACAGUGGUUCUUAACCAAGUGUGCCACCCCCCGGAGGUGUGGAAGACCUGAAAGUAGUAUUUGCUGCCCUUGCUAGUUGUCGCUGCCCUUGCUAGUUGUCGCUGCCCAUUUUUUAAAAAAAUCUGUUUUAAUGCAUUUUGUUAAAAAUCGUAAUGUUGUCAUUUGUUUUGUUUUUUUGUUUGGGGGGGGGGGGGUGUUUAAAGACAUACAAAUACAAGAGAUCAGUUAAGAAAUUCCUUAAAAAAACUGUACUUUCUUGUGAAAACAAUUUUUUUUAUUUAAAAUACUAUUCUGGUAUAAUAUCCAUUCCCAAAGUUUAUUCCCUUUGGAAUCGGAACACUGACUGUUGCAAAAUUUUAAAAUAUUAAAAAAUUCUGCUAUUGUAUAUAGGAACGGAUACUGCAUAACACAGUGUAUUGGGAGCAAGAUUUGGGUCUUAUUUAUGGAUUAAACUGUAGAAUUAAGCAUUUAUUAGCAUUUUUAGUAUUCGUAUUGCCAUUCUUCCCGCUUCCCGAUCAGAGACGGAUUCUGGAACAUAACGUUGCAAAUGUCAUAACUGUACUAAAAUUAUCUCUCAAACUAUGUCUCAGUAGCCCAAAAUGACCUAUACUAAUAGAAGCUCCCCAAAAUUUUUUAUAAUACAUAUUGUUUCACGUUUUCCACAGGGAUAUGGUCAGGUUUUCAUCCACAAGGUUACCCAAAAACACAAUUUUGCCAGGAACUAUUUCUCUCGUCUUCCUGGCAUGGCUGAAAUUUUGCGCAAGAAAAUGGGUGCUUCUGAAAGUGGAACUGGGAAAGGACCGUCUGUGGCUGGCCACUCAGUUGCUAAAGCACAGAAAGUGUGAUGUUCACUUGUAGAAUAUUGUUAACAUUCCUAUUUCUUAAUCCUUUAAGAUAAUGUGAUGAAUGUCGUCCCCC